AUGUUGAUUAAAGACAACUUAAAAGAGGAUCUCGAUUGGUGGAAAAUUCACAGUCAAAUUGGUAUCAACCCAAUUCGAAAGUCGAAUUUUGUAGCUGAGAUUUUCUCUGAUGCCUCUUUGACGGGCUGGGGUGCAUAUUCUAAUGAUCAAUCGGCUAGUGAUUUUUGGAAUCAAGGGGAAAAAAAGCGACACAUAAAUUAUUUAGAGUUGUUAGCGGCCUUCAUUGCUCUCAAAUCAUUUGCUCAUAAUUUACGAAAUUGCGAGGUUCUACUGAGACUGGAUAACACGACUGCUAUUGCGUAUGUAAAUAAAACCGGCGGUGUUCAGUUCCCGAUACUGAGUGAAUUGGCCCGAAAAAUAUGGCUGUGGUGUGAGGAACGAGGUAUUUGGAUAUACGCGACGUAUAUCGCUUCGAAGGAUAAUAUCCAUGCAGACACAGCAUCUAGGAUCACAAACAUGGACACAGAGUGGGAACUCUUUGAUAAAGCAUUCCAAAAAAUCCAUAAUAAAUUUGGUCCAUUUAGCAUCGAUUUAUUUGCCACUUUCGAGAACAGGAAAGUUGACAAAUUUUGCGCAAGAUAUCCAAACCCAGAGGUCCAAAACGCACCCUCUAGCGAGAACACUUUCAUUGGUGGCCGGGAGAUUAUCAGGAAAGCAUUUCUAAAUAAAGGACUCACUGAGGCAGCAGCUGAGUUGAUGGUGAACUCAGUAUCUUCAUCAACCUUGAAACAGUAUGAAUGUUCCCUGAAACAGUGGUAUUCUUUCACAAAGGAAAAGGGCCACGAUAUGUUCAACACGAACACCUCGAUAAUAAUUGAGUUUCUCACUAAACGGUUCCAAGAGGGUGCGAAGUAUGGAACUCUAAACUCCGAUAAGUCAGCAAUAGCACUUAUCACAGCACAGCAGUUUUCAAGUGACAAGUUGAUCUCGCGUUUCAUGCGCGGUGUUUUCAAAAAACGCCCUACAAAACCAAAAUACGAGACAACAUGGAAUGUUGAUAAGGUUCUGGAUUUCAUACAAGAGCUUCCAAACAAUGAUUCAUUGCAAUUGAAGGAAUUAGCAGGAAAAACAGCUACCCUGCUUGUCCUCACCACUGCACAUCGCUUACAAACAAUGGCUGUAAUUGAUAUUGAUAAUAUUAUCUUCACAGAGUCACAAAUUGAAAUUAGAAUCCCAUCUUUAAUUAAAACUUCAAAACCUGGAAAUUUUCAGCCCAACAUGGUGUUACCUUUUUUGAAAGAUAAUGAGCGUUUAUGUGUAGCCAAGUCCUUGUUAAAAUAUCUAGAGAUAACGAAACCAAUUAGGGGAGAUCGCAAAAAUCUGUUUAUUUCCAAUGUUAAACCACAUAAACCGAUAACAGCUCAAACUCUAUCUCAUUGGAUUAAAGCUUUUUUGAAGAAAGCUGGAGUUGACACAGAUAUUUUUUCAGCUUAUAGUACCAAACAUGCUGCCGUUUCCAAGACCUUUAGCAAAGGUGUCGAUAUCGAUACUAUCAGACGCACAGCGGGAUGGUCUAAGAAGUCAAAUACUUUCAAUAAAUUCUAUAAUAGGCCAAUUAAUACUGAUAAGGACACCUUUGCAUUCUCCAUUCUUAAGUGA